AAUGUUGAUGCUGGAAAAAGUUGAUAGUAUCCUUAUAAAAACGGUUGUAGGCGAUUGAAUCAGGAGUGAGUUUUUGGCAUAUACUUUGGGGGCUGGCCGACUGAAAUUUGCAAACCAUUGGUCAGCUAGGCUUCUUCGGACUCGCUUCAUUUCCGGAUUCACUAGGGGCCUGGUAUCUGGAUUUUUGACAAAAACGGCGGUGGAGAAUCACCAUUUAGAAGGAGAGUCCCAGUCAAGAACCUUUUGUUUGAUUUGAAUACUAUUUCUGACAGCCAGGUACACCCAUUUUAAAAUAAGAAACUAAACCCCAAUGUAAGAAACCCUAUAUCUUUAAAACUUAAAAACUAUGUUCCAAUAUUUUACCAGGGCAUUGGGAGGACUGGGCCCUAGGAGAGACCACAGGCUGGCAUUUCUCAGACCACGAACUUCUUUCACUUCGAAACGUAUACGGAUUUGAAAUAUUUACUAUUGAUAAACUAUUAAUAAAAAAGAUCAAAAUAUGUUCUAUGUAGUUUGCUAAUGGAAAAUUGUCACUCCUCCCAAGCAUAAAGACAUUGCAAAUGGCAAAAAUCACGUUAACCAUUCACUACCACACGGGCAUGUGACGCAGACAAGGAAGUUGUGAUCUUCUCGGAACUCAAGUUUUGUAAACAAAACCACCGUCGCAUGACAUCCAUGGGCGGGGAAUUCCUAUACAAAUAUAUAAAUCAGAUAAAGUGGGGUAUUACCAAAUUCAAAGAUUCGAAACGACAUAGUCGAUUUGGGCUAAGACUGCGACAAGAUGCACUCAAGAUUUAGGCUUCUCUGUCUUUUUGCUAUGUUUCAAGUAUGCACAUUGAAAAGCUUAUUUAUUUCGCCCCGAGGACAAAACAGCCCGGAUUGCGGUGCAAAAUCAAGACCCUGCGCGAGCAUUGGGUACUCUCUUUUACAACGCAGUGAGGAAAAUGAUACUUUAAUCAUAAGCGGAAGGAACGGAACCAAAAGAGCCUGGUAUAGAGAAAAGAUAUUGAAUCCUAUUGAAAUAAAGAAAAAUUUGGCAAUAGUUGGAGUAGAUGGUCACCCAGUUUUAAGCUUCACGGGAGUUUCAUUAUUUUUCAAGAUUUCGAAGGAUGAAAAGAAAAGUGGACCCAUUGUCAAAUUUGAGACAAUUGAACUCGAAGCGGUUCAGGGCACAGAGACGUUUGUAUCUGUUCUGGAUGCCUCGUUCCAAUGCAGAGAUUGUCAUUUUUGCGGGGCAGCAGAUGGCAUAAAGUUCACUUGGUCAUUCUCAGGGCCGAAUAAUUAUUGGCUUUCUGUGAUCAACAGCCAGUUUAUUAGGGUUCGUAUAGGUAUUGUCGCGUUGAAUAACUAUGGAUUCGUGGAUCUUUCUAUAAAAAACUGCACUUUUCAAGGUAUAAGGGGGAAAUCCAAAACAGCAUUUCAGCUAAAUAACCUUCCACACAUGUGGCCGUAUCCGUUGACAUACAUCAACAUUACGGUACAGCAGUCAAAGUUCACGAAUUUCUCUAGAGGAAUGGAUUUCAGCAUUGAUAAGAUCGAUCUGUUCGAUUUAGUUAUGGAUGGGUGCGAGUUUCGGCAGCAAUCGGCAGGAGCAAUUGUAAUAAAUACUGGUAAAAGCAAAGUUAAACCCAAUUUAAAGAUCAGUAAUACUAUUUUCUACAAUAACACGAGGGAUAGCGGAGCUGCGUUGUAUGUACUGAGCCAACGUCACACGAACGUAACAGUGACCAACUGUACGUUUGACAAUAAUCUGGCUUAUGCAAUGGGUGGGGCGGUGGCUACUCUUGGGCAAGUAACUUUGAAUAUCCAGCGGUGCAAUUUCUCUCACAAUCAAUGCAGCUAUAAUAAAGGUGUGACGAAAGCGUAUGGACGAGGUGCAGGCGGUGCUUUGGCAAUAGAUUCUUAUGAAUCGUACGCCUUCGGUGUAUCUAUUGCUUGGUGUCACUUUGAAGGAAAUUCUGCAACUUCAUACGGCGGAACGAUUUACGCAAAGGCAAGUUCCGCAGAUUCCCAUCUAGAAAUUGUUCAGUCCAACAUAUCUGCACCAAUCACUGAGCAACUGCGGGCACCAGUGGGUGACGUCAUCUACAGCUCGUCCUUUUCACGAUUGUCAGGCGUGCGUAUGACGUCAACAACCCAAUCGACGGCAACAGUAUACUGCAGUAUGGCGACAGAAUACUAGAGAUCGACACCCACUCUAUGAUCAUUUGUUCAGAAGGGUUCCAGGUCAAAAUGGUCGCAACCUCAAUAUCCGAUACUGAUACUUCGAAAUUUGUCGCAAAGAACCCGAAAAAAUAUCGCAAUUUUUCGAUGUGGUGCAAACUAUGUCCAUACAACCAUUACAGCACAGCUGCGAGCAUUUUUACAAACUUCACGCCCAAAAAUGCUGCUUGCGAAAAGUGCCCGCCUGGAGGACAAUGCACCUUUGGGAUCUUAAGGGCAAAUCCAAACUUUUGGGGAUUCAAAAACAAAAUGAAUGGCAAAGUGGAAUUUGUAAGACUUCUCGAUGGUUAUGGGUGUAAUGGGAAAGAAUGCAAAACUUACAAUUCAUGUAUGGUUAACAGGGUGGGUCCUCUUUGUGCCAAAUGCAAGCCUGGCUUCAGCGAGGAUCUGCUAACCACAAAUUGUAUAGAAAAUGGUGACUGCAAAACCUUUCAGUUUUGGGUUAUAUCUUCCCUACUUUUUCUGGCGUACAUAGGUUUCUUCCUGUACAAAAAAGAUAUCUUCUUACGGAUUAAACAAGAAGCCCUUUGGAUCUGGCAGAGGAAAAAUCCUGCUGUGAAUCUAAAUGCCGAUGAUUAUGCGCUUUACGACGAGAAUGGUGUUCAAAUAGAUCUUAAUGAACAAGGAAAUAACGAUUCGAGUAUGGGACAGGGAUUAUUAAAAAUCAUAUUUUACUUCUACCAGACCGAAACCAUCCUAAACAGCGAAAGAACAAAAAUUAAAAGCAAUAUUUUGCAGGAAACAAAAAGUUUUGCUAGUAGCUUUUUUAAUUUCAAAUUCGGCAACACCGGCAACUCAGCGUUAUGUUUCAAAGCAAACGCCAACCCAAUUGAAAAACUUUUUGCACGGUUGGGCCUAGUCACUGCCAUUUUUAUUGCCUUGAUUCUUCUAUAUGCUUUCACUGCUAUCAAGCGACUCGCCAGCAGAACAAAUUCAAACAAGGCAUUGGCCAACCGAGUACUGAGCGCCCUCUUCGAAGCAUCCAUCUUAUGCUACGCAGUGUUUCUGCGUGGACUAUUUCAGUUAAUGAAUUGUGCCAAUAUCAAUGGUGAGCAUGUUUUGUAUAUACAAGGCGAUGUCAAAUGUAGCGAAUGGUGGCAAAAUUUGCUUGUGUUGACCACUGUAAUGUGGUUGCUACCAUUUUGCCUUUUUGUUUUCUGUUUACCGUAUCAGUUGCUACAGAAACGUGCGAAAGCUUGGUCCAUUUUCGCAGGAUGCAUUUUCCCACUGCCGUGGCUACUCUGUCACAUACUUGGGUUUGUUUACAUUAAAUUCAUUAAAAAACAAAUUGGUGACAAAAAUGAGGCAGAAGCGGAGGAGGAGGAGGAUGGUGCAUUUGUAACUUCGGUAAAGCAGAUGUUGACCAGCGCGUUCAAGAAGAACAAUGGUAUAAACCAAUGUGUUUGGUGGGAAGGCAUGUUGCUUCUUCGUCGUCUCAUUCUGACGGCCGCCCUAACAUUCUUACACGAUAUUUACGUCAAGGUUUAUACAGCACUGGCUAUACAGCUGAUAUUUCUGCUACAACACGUGCACGUUCAGCCUUACAAUAUUCGUAUAUUGAACAUUAUUGAGACCACUUCUCUUACGUUAUUAACAAUUAUAGGAAGCAUGAACUUUCUUAAUUCUCUUGAUUACGGUGGCAGCUUCGACAGUAUAGACAGCAGUAGGAUUCUACAACAAACUUUUGCAUGGACACAAGUUAUCAUUGCUUCUUGUGUCCCGCUUAUGUUAUGCAUAAUAUCGGUAAUUGUUUUUGUUCUUAUAGCGUUACGUAUGCUUUAUAGGCUUUAUAGCUGUAUUCGUGUGCUUCCUUGUAGACUUGGUAGACAGAACAGCAUAGAAAGGUAGUCUUAAACCGGUACACCUGUCGGUACGUUUGAAUGGGUUUCAUUCUCAGCCUAUGAAGCUUACUUAUAUGUAAAUAUGAAACUGAAAGUUCCAAAUUUGGCAUAUUAUGGUGUAAUAAGCCCUUAUUGCAAACUAUAGAAUGACAUGUCAAUAUAUCCAUUCUUUAUAUCUCAGUCUUUGUAAACAAGUAAAAUCUUGGUGUCAUACUUCGAACAGUAAAGGUAUUACUUUGCUUUGCUUCUAAAAGACAGAUACCUAACAUUGCAUACAAUUUUUCAAGCUUUGCACUGUUUUUGAGAUAUAUAGCUUACACAGAUUUGUUUCUAAAAUAAAUAAAAUUAAAAACUAUACAAGAGUAUAACGUUCACGGCAACGUAGUAUUUGAGCCUUCCAACAUAAUAUAGAAGCAGCUCUGCUUAUGAGGUUCUGAGAUUAAAUCUCGAAAAUAACUAAAGAAACUGAGGCAAACAUUGAAACUCCUAGACAUCUAUCAUCCAUCUUACCCAGUUCUCUACAGCUCUGAUCAGAAAAUUAACAUAAAAGUGAACAUUCUUGCUUUAAGUGAAAAAUCAAGGGGUCCACUACAUCUCUAUCCCCCGAAAGGAUUGAUCAUCAUGUAUAGAAACAUUAUAUACAAAAGAUAAUGUUGUUUCGAUAUAUUGAAGUACUAGAGCUAGAGUGCACUGGCUUGAACUACACAUUGUUGAACAGAACUUACCUCGUUUACGUUCAGUUACCAAGACAUUGCUUCUUUCCAAAACUUGUCUUAUCUUCGCACCAUCUGCACUAGAAUCAGGGCCGGGAAAUAAGCAUUCUUUAGGCCCGAUCUGAACAAGCAGUGCCUUGAAAAAUAACAUAGAUCUAUAGAUAUACAAUACAUUCAUAUACAGAAAUCAUAUCCAAUUCUUAAUGGUAUACAAGAACUGAAGAGCUUGUCAGGUUAGCUUCCGAGGAUAAGGAAAGAUAUUGCUCACAGUGCCAGGCUUUUAGGCUACGAUUCCUUAUCAUAAAGUGCUAGGAUAUCCGUUCGUGCAUAGGCCUGAACUUCUUGCUUAUCAUAAAUCUUUAAGGUAAUAAAUCCAGCAAUAUCAAUCAGCUUUGAAUUUGAAACAGGGAAAACGCACGAAUGGCUAACUUUCAAACAUUUAGGCCGGUACACCUGUCUUACCUAAGGGCACUCGCAUCUCGCGUAAGCAUUUCGCCUACGUUAUGCGUAAAGAUAGGUCCGAGACGUUACAUGGCAAAAAGGAGCUAUUGAGAAAGCAGAAAAGAGGCGGUAAGGAGGAAAGGAUUUCGUUUACUGUGGUUUUAGCAAGCAAGCGAUUACUUUUCAAGUUAAGAAAUAAGAAUACAUUUCUGUCACUGUCACUUUUUGAAACAUUCUUAAAAGUUUUGAUUCUUUACUUGACAUAUAUCUAUCUUAUCAAUUUAAAAUCUUUCCUAUUCAAGACUUCAGAAUUUGCUGUCUAUACUAUGUCAUUUUAGGAAAAAUUGAUUUUAAAGUUCAGGUCAAUGACUUUAUACAUUCGUAAGGUGGUAUAUGCUUAAAUAUGCUCUUUGGGUUUAUUAGCUAAACAUAACAUAUCCUCAGGAACACUGUUUAUUAUAUCUUAUUGGGACAUACAUCAUUCGUUAAAUAUCAACAAAUAGUUUCAAGUAGUUUCAAGUGGUAAAAGUUGGUUUUGGUAUUAGGUGGUUUCAGGUGGUUUUGGGGGUUUUGGGGGUUUUUAAGUGGUUUUAUGUAGUAUUAGGUGAUUUAAGAUGGUGUCAGAUUUUCUUAUGUGCUUACUGCUGGUUUCUGGCAAUUUAUAUUACUUAUAAUUCAGAUUUUUAUUAUCUAUAACUUUGAUUAAUGAUCGAAGGGAUAGUAAGCGGCUUUAAAUAUGAUAAGCACUAUCUUACUAACCUUCAUACAUCUAUUCCGCACUAAUAACAGCUUUAAAUUACAUAAAAAAAUUACUCGAAUCCAAAGAAUAUAAGAUGAUAACUACAGUGAACAAUUACCUCUAAGUUCGAGAACUGAUCGUUGUCAGUGAAUUCACAAACACCAAAUUUCCUUGCUUCAACAUCGGAAUAUGCAACACCAACAAACUGUUUUUGAAAUCAGAUCAACAUAACUUGCGAUGAGCAAAAAUCAGAACAGCAAAAAUGUCAAGUGUAACACCAACUGCUUUUAGUUAUAACUAAGUUAAAUCACGGUUUGAGAAUUAUCUAUAGAAAUGCUGCUAAAAGGGUGGAAGUUAAAUGGAAGUAAUGGUUAGAAUUUUCAAUCAACUAAAAGCUUGUAAGAUAGCAGUUUAGCUGUGAGCUAAUGAACACAAAAACUGUCACUACAAAACUGACAACCACUUACAAAUUCUCCCACAAUUAUAGUGGUUAUCGAAUACGUUCCCAAAGUUUUGAGAAUGUCCCAGGUUUCAAUUCGUGGCUUUAGGCUUCAGCUUUGCCACAUUAAUUCUUGUGACUUCGACCACUUUUCAGAAUGGGCAAUCAACUCUAAAAAAUUUUCUUACAAAUUUUCUAGACGUAAAAAAUUGUAGGGGAUAAAAUCGAUCCAAUUUCUAAUCAAAAAGAAUUAUGCCCCAUUCAUGAUUAGGUUGUAUGUCAAUUACUUCGUGAGUACGUUCAGUGUCAUGUUUAAAAUGUGAGAAGUGAAAAAUCAGUCAGUAGAAAAUAAGAAGUGAGAAACUAGUGAGUAGAAAAUGAGGCUUAGUCUGCAUUGAAUGCAGCGACAAGAGUUUAAAAUGUCUUUUCCUCUACACAAAUUUAUUUAUAACAACACAAAUCUAUUUCCUUUACACAAUGCCGCACUUGCAACUUUGAGCUUCAUCGAAAGAUCCAUAGAUUACCAUCAACAUUCCUUGCUUUCUGCAAGUGAUGUGGUUCUAUCUGCGGCUCUGUUUUUUUCUCCUGAACACCCAAUAAAACUAGCGCUGGUUGGAAACCGAAUUGACGGCCUACUGCAUAAUCAACUCAUUAUGACUAUAAUGAGCGUUGUGCUUUGCAUCUCAAGUAUAGUACUUGCUAAAUACCGGCGUGUAGCAAGCAAUUCAGACUGCCUUUGCGUCGUGCAUUUGCCAUUAUAACAAAAUGCAAUUGAAGCAUCAAAUGCUUUUCCUGUUCCUUUGAAGGAAAUUUCGUAUAAUAUGUAUUUUCGAUCCACAACUGGGUAUAUAUAUUUCCUAGCGCAGAGUUUUGCUCUAGGUUCUGACGUUUUAUACUCUGAAGAGUGUCAGACGAACAGCUUAAGUAUACACAAAUGUUUGCUUUUUCAAAGCCAUUUUCAAAUUUGUACCACCAAAAGAUUGUUUUGAUAUAAUAAGCAUUAAAUAUAACAUAACUGCCUAACUUUUAACCAAAUAUCCUAUACUCUUGCUGGUUCAAUUGCCAUACGACAAAUGAUUUGAGAUGAGGGAAAAAUAAGCAGUUUUUAAAAAAUAAUCUUGAAAAGGUCUCAAAAGAAAAAUUUCACUAGGAUAAAAGGUUUCAAAAUACUGCUUUUAUAUAUAAGACAACAUAAACCAACCAACGUACCUUCUGUCCGGUAGAGUCACUGCCUAUUUUAGUUGCCAUGACAAUUGCUGAUGCUGACAUAUCAUUAUUACCAAAAAGCACCUCUUCAAACUGCUGUAAAUUUCCUGGUGA